AUGGCAAGCGAGUCGGGCUCGUCCACCCCGCAUCGUUCAGGCCCGCGGGCCUGUACUCUGCCCUCCGAGAAGGUCUUCUCCAUCCAAAUUGGCUCCGAGCUCUUUCGACUUUCCGGAGCCUCGAUCGCCUCGGACGCUCCUUCCUACUUCUCACAGUUCUUCGAGGAGCAAUUGCGCAUCUCCGACCCUUCCAAUGUCCGAACCCUGUACAUCGAUCGCGACCCGGCCACAUUUCAAGAAAUUGCCCGUCAUCUUCAAGGCUAUCAUGUUCGACCGCGAGAUGGCGCACAAUUCGUCAAGCUAUUUGCCGACGCCCAAUUCUACACAUUACCCCGCUUGAUGUCCCAAUUAUUCGAGUCCGAGAUCUUCAUCCAGAUCGGUGACCGCCAUUUCCAGAUCCCGCGCGACAUCUUCUCCGGUCCUGGUGAUUCCCCUAAUUUCUUUACGUUAGGCUUUGGCGUCUUCUUUGCCUCCCCUUCGGAAGUCUUUCCUGGUCUUGAUCGGGUGGGAUUGCUGCGGCCACCUGCCAUUGUCCCUCCAAGCGUCCCGAACCGGUCGGCCGACGUCUUCGCUGAACUCCUUCAUCUCUUGCGCGGCUAUCCCCUGCGUAUUCGGGAUGAGGACCAUCGCGCAGAGCUCCUACGAGAUUGCCGCUAUUUUCAUCUCCGGGGGCUCGAGCAAAAGUUGAUACCUCACCAGAUCAGCUUCAAUCCCUUCCGGCAGCGAUCGGAAAUUGUCAUCCGCCUGGAGGACGUCCGGCCAUCCGGCAUCCAGUUCGCUCUUAAUAAACCCUCCCCAAUCACCGUCAAUUCCGUACUGUACGCGCGCCCUUUCCUCGAUGAAAAUCCAAUCGACUUGAUUCUCGACAUUGGCGACGAAUCCACUGUUGUCCAUCCAGCAAUCCAACGAGCCAACUUUGUUGGUUUGACCAAAUCCCGUAUGGCAAGUCUGUUACAGGUAGUGAGCAAGAAAGCGAAUCAAUUCGAUUCUACAUUGCUUGGAGGGCUGCCGAUAAAGAUUGUCUGGGAUCAAACCACUGAUAUGACCAUCGAUGGCAAGUCCAACCCUUCGGCUCCGGCUGGUUCCAUUUCAGACCCUGCAGCGAAUGACCAGUCCCCCCAGCCAAGCGGCAACGAUCUGAGGGAUCCGAAAAUGAACCAUGGAUUGUGCGAAAUGGUCAAUGGAGAUUACAGCUGCAACCAGAUGGAAAUGGCGUCCUGGAGGCCGUACUGGUCGCUGUCAAGAUGGAUAUCUAUACUACGCCGCUAG